AUGGCCGAGAUCAUCUCUACCGCUGAGGCCCCUGCUGCCCUGGGCCCUUACUCCCAGGCCAUCAAGACCGCCAACGUCAUCUACCUCUCCGGCCAGAUCCCCCUCAAGCCCGACGGCACCUUCGUCGAGGGCAGCAUUGCCGACAAGACUGCCCAAUGCUGCAAGAACAUCACCGCCGUCCUUGAGGCCGCUGGCUCCGACAUCAGCAAGGUUGUCAAGACCACCAUCUUCCUCUCCAAUAUGGACUACUUUGCCGAGCUCAACACUGAGUACGAGAAGUGGUUCGCCCACAAGCCUGCUCGCAGCUGUGUUGCUGUCAAGACUCUCCCCAAGAACGUUGACGUCGAGAUUGAGGCCAUCGCUCUUCCCUAA